UGGUUGGUGAAUGCAUAAACCAGACACUCUCACAGCUGUGAAUUCCACACUUGGAUGGAUUGUGUCAGCGCCUUUAGGUGGUCGAUCGACUAACAAUACCACUGCAAUGUUUACCAGUGUUCGUCCCGAUCCUGUGGAGAAAAUUCUGAAGAGCUUUUGAAUUUAGAUUCAACUGACAUUGUUGAUAAUGGAACUAAACUAUCGCUCGAAGAGAAUGAUGCUGUUUGUCAGUUUAAAAAGGGAUUGAAAUUUGGUGGUUGCAUGAAGAAGAUUGAAAACAACUGCUCAGAAAUCCGAUAAGAGCUGCUGAAGCCUACAGCAGUUCAAUCAACCAAUAUCAUAAGAGAGGGUUUGCUGAAGAAGUCAAAAGCUGCGUUUACACUACGUGCUUGACCUGGUCAAACAGAACGGGAUUUACCUAGUCCUGACAAGUUUUGAACUUAAUAGUAUGAUUUGUAUGGAGACAUAUAGUAUUACCACUUUUCGGCGUGUUUAGGAUCUUUUUCCAAGUAUUUUGUCAAUUACUUUGGCUAUCCGUUAUCACCAGGAAGGAAGACCGUCCGAACGUGGCACAUAUUACUUAGACCUGUCCUAGAUCUAUGGUCCAGGUCUAAUAAGUUGGUGUAAUAUCUACCACAUCAUGCUGUUUUCCAUGUUGACAAAACAACAACUAAAUGUCGUGUUGUGAUGCAUCAGCUUGUGAAGAGGACGGUCUUUUGCUUAAUGAUUGUUUUACCUGGCCCCGCAUUACAGCCAAAUCUUUUUUCAGUGUUGUUAGGCCUUUGGACUCAUAAAAUUGGAUUUAUGGCUGAUAUUGAGAAGAUGUUCCUCCAGAUAAAGCUUGCAGAAAAAGAUCGAGAUGUCAUGAUCUGGAAAGAUAUGCAAAUAGGUGGUUCCCCAAUGACAUACCGGAUGACGCGAGUUGCGUUCGGGGUCAACUGCAGUCCAUUACUUGCAAUAGCUACAGUUCAGAAUCAUGCUGAAAAGUUUAUGUUGGAGUAUCCUGGAGCUGCAAAGAGUGUCUUGGAUGAUAUGUACGUUUACGAUUGUCUGACAGAAGCUGAUAAUGAAGAAGAAGCAGUGAAGUUGCAACAAUCAAUGAAAGAGUUAAUGCACCGUGCUGCGUUUAAUUUGACGAAGUGGUCCAGUAGUUCAGAAGAUGUUCUCGGUCAUAUUGAUGAGAAAGACAGCAUCUAAUGCAUUGAUUAACUUCCGUGACAGAGAGCCACAUAAGGCAUUGAGAAUCAGCUGGAACACUUUAAAGGACUGCGUCAAAUUCCACAUUGCGCAAAAUCAGUUCCUUUUGCAUGUAUAUGAGACCACGAGGAGCGUGCUGAGUUAUGCUUACUGUCUCCUAGCUUACACCAUCAGAUCUAAAAUGUUGUUCGUAUCCUGAGAGUUGGUGGUAGCUUACAGUAUUCAGACUUACCAGAAACCACUAAACAUCCAGUUAUUAUUCCACACGGACACCCUCUUACAAAGAAGAUUAUCCAGAAAAGACACCAGAAAUUACUCCAUGGACCUGAAAUAACUGUGAG